AUGCAAUCAAAACCAAGUCCACCUGUUUGUUUUAUUAAAAUGGGAAUUAAAAUAAAACAUCCAGGUAUCGUGAAUCGUGCUAGAUACAUGCCCCAAAACCCAGCAGUUUUAGCUACUAAGUCGUCAAAUGGUACUGUUUAUAUCUAUAACGUGAGGAAAAUGUUUUUAGCUGCUAAAAAUAAAGAAAAAUACAAUCCCGAACUGAAAUUAAAAGCGUUAACUGCUGGAGGUAGUGGUAUGUCCUGGAACCCAAACCGGAAAGGAUAUAUUGUAUCUUCUUCAACUAAUGAACGCACAAUUCGUCUUUGGGAUAUUAAUUCUAAACCCAUUAAAGAUGGCAGUAGUUUAAAUAAAUUUAUCAGAGGUCAUCCAUCAGGUGUCAAAGAUUGUGCUUGGCAUUGCCUUCAUUCUUCUCUGUUCGGUUCAACUGGGAAAGGCAAACAUAUUCAUAUUUGGGAUAUUAGAGCUGAUUUCACAAAGAUGCCAGCAAUAACUGGAAUAGGCCACACAUCAUCUGUUAAUUGCAUAUCUUUCAACUACUUUUCGGAUCAUUUGUUAGCAACUGGAAGCUCUGAUCAAACAAUAGCUAUUUGGGAUCUACGGAAAAUGAAAUCUCCAAGUCAUCAAAUCUAUUGGCAUAAAGCUGAAACAUGUCAGCUGCAUUGGUCUCCUAACAAUGAAAGUAUUCUAGCGUCGAGUGGGGUUGAUGCCAGACUUUUACUGUGGGAUAUUAGUUCAAUUGGAGCUCAUCAAACUCUUGAAGGUUCUAAGGAAGGUCCUCCUGAACUUCUAUUUAUUCACGGUGGUCAUUCAGACAGUAUAUUAGAUUUCUCAUGGAAUUUAACUGAGCCUUGGCUCUUAAGCUCAGUUUCCCAAGAUAAUGUUAUUCAGCUGUGGCAAAUGGAUAGCCACAUCUAUGACAAUAAUAGAGCUAAAAAAUUAUCAAGAAUGAAAUCAUCUAAACUUAAGGAGUCUUUAAAGGGUUUAGCUAUGCCAGGAUCCUCAAAAUCACUAUCAAAACCUGUAUCUCAAGCAUAUUUGGAGUCUCCAUCUUUUGAAUUUCCUGAAUCUUCAAGUAGAAUUGAACCACCAAAUAUAAUGGAAUCACCAGAUAUUCCUAUUUCCUCAAAAUCUGUCAGUUUACCAGUACGCACGUCACCAAAAUCUCAACAACCAAUACUGACAACAUGUAAAUCUGUGGAAGCUUUCGAUUACCUAGCUAUUCCAGGACCCUCAAAAGCACCAGAUCUAACAUCUGAAUUUCUGCUAUCUUCAGAAUCGCCAUUUUAUCCACCAUCUCCAUUACUUGAUGAGUUCCUAAAGCAUGAUGAUAUGUUACUAAAACCUUUACCAUGUUUAUCCCCGUUGUCUGAAUCAUUAUUUGAGGACUCUCCAAAAUUUGUUGCAUCCCCAGAAUUGCCUAUCCUCCCGGCUUCAAUAGGGUGGCCAAAGCCUUCUUCAUCACCGAUGUUCAUUGAAGAUUCACCAAAAACUGUAGCAUCCACAGAAUUACCUAAACUUCCUACUUCAAUGGAGUCUUCCAAAUCUGUAGAAAUGCCUCCUACACCAGAAUCCAUCAGAUUAUCAGAAUUAUCACCAUCAGGAUCCCCUAGUCCUCCCGAAUCUGCCAAAGCCAUAUUAUUUUCAUUUUCUAACAAAUCAAAGAAAUAUUCAGAAUCAACAAAAAACACAGAAAAUAUAAACAAUCAAGACAAACAAGAAGAAGAAGAAGCUUUAACCCAAUCUGAUUUUUCUAAAUUUUCAUCACUAGAUUGGCAGUCAUACAUACCAACACCUUAUGAAUUCUCAACAUUUUUUACAGAUACCACAACAGAACAAAUGCCUGUUACAUCUAGAUCAACCUGGUAUAAUUGUCAGGGUAAUGAUGACUCAGAAAAAUGUCGUAUUUGUUUUCAUUUAAAAACAUUAAACGAAGCUGAUCAAUCAUGGUCUAAAGAUUACCAAUCACCACCGAUGUGUUUUUCCCCUCUCAGUGAUUUUUCUCAAGAGGAUUCAUCUUCAGUAGACUGCCUAACAUUUUCGAAUACACCCAAUCCUUUAGAUAUCUCUCAGUCCCCUGAUAUGAAAAUUCAAUCAUCUACAAUGUAUUUUUCUUCUCCCCACAUGUUUUCUUCAGAGUCUCCAGCUAAUGAAGAAUACGCAACAUUUUCAGAGAUCCAGGAUCCAUCAGGUAGCUCACAAUCUGCUGAUGCGAAAAGUUCUGAUUCUUUAAUACAGUUGAUAGAAGAUUGUAUUGGAACUCCAUAUUUCCAGACCCCUGCCGAUGUUAUUCUGACUUCAGAUCACGAGGAACCUCCUAACAACCCUUUAAACCCAGAUGACACAGCAUAUCAGGAUUUUCAAAUGCUUCCAGAGAGCGAGGUACCUGUCAAUAUUCUGGAUCCUUCAGAUAGUCAUAUAACUUCAGAUAUGAUAACACCCAAAGAUAUCACUGAUUAUCUUGAGGAAACUAUAUUUUCAAAUUUCCAGACACCUGCAGUUAGUCCUCCAUUCCAAAAUAACAAUACAAUUCAAAAUGUUCCUGUUUACCCAGAAGGCACUCCAAAUAUUCAGAAAUCUCAGGAUGACCCUGUGUCAACAAUAACGAACAUCAGUAAUUCAAAUAUCCUUGUAUUUCCUGACUUUCAGGAUAUCAUUGAAAGUUCUCCAUGAGAAAAUAUUCUGUACUCUGUAGAUAGUCCGUAAAAUAUAUGUAUAUAAGAUAUGUAUAAGAUUGCAAUAACUAGAGAUGCCUCUGUCAUGUCAAAGGAUCCCGAUUCUCUAGACUUGGAAGAG